AAUUCGAAUCCAAUCCUAACCCAACUCAACCAUGGUUGGAAUUUGUGGCUUACAACUUACUCCGCGUUUGUUUUGAUUCCUAUAAAUACACACCCAAUAGCCCUCAUAUUCUAAGAAGUCUAAGAAUAUUUGAGUUUCUCUGAGGUUGUUAUCUUCAGUUGCACACAGCUUAAAAGGCUUUCGUACGGAGAUUUCUACUUUCAAAACCAGCAAGGUACAUGGUUGAGUUAGACAUUCAGAUUCCAUCUGCUUUCGACCCAUUUGCUGAGGCGCAGGACACUGAUGCCCCUGGGGCCAAAGAGAAUGUACACGUUCGAGUUCAGCAAAGGAAUGGAAAGAAGUGCCUGACUACGGUGCAGGGGUUAAAGAAAGACUUUAGCUACGAGAAGAUCCUCAAGGAUCUUAAGAAGGAGUUUUGCUGCAACGGCAAUGUUGUUCAGGAUAAAGAGUUGGGUAAAAUAAUUCAACUCCAAGGUGAUCAGCGCAAGAACGUGUCCCAGUUCCUUGUUCAGGCGAGUCUUGUCAAGAAAGAUCGCAUCAAGAUUCAUGGUUUUUGAAGACUUUGGUUCUUGGGUCAUGUUUUCCUGAUACAAUUUCAAUAACAAAAUAAGGUUUAUGUGUGGGGAUUGUUUAAGGGUUUGGUUCUGUUAUUUCAGCUUGUUUUUACUUUUUUUUUUUGGGUUUUACCAUAUGAAGACACCAGAUACAUGUGAUGCUAUUUUGUUAUUCUUAAUAAAUAUGGAAACUACUUUAUUUUCUAAA